GUGUAACAACCCAACCUACGUACGGAAAUCGUAGUUCAAGCGGUUCUACAACAUCUACUUCCUCUGCGCCGCCAUCUUUGUCUGCGCAGAGCCAUCGCUCUCGCCCGUGACCGAGAUCCUACCCUUGACCCUGGUUCUUACCAUCACUGCCGUCAAAGAUGCCCUUGAAGACUAUAGACGAUACCAGCAGGACAAGCGCUCAAACAGUUUAGGAUGCACACUCGUGAAGAACGGUGAGCUGAUACCCAUCAUGAGCAAGGAUAUCCGACCGGGUGAUGUGUUGAAGAUCUCCAAGAACGAUAAGAUCCCCGCGGACGUGGUCAUCCUCUCCAGUUCGAUGGACGAGGGCGCCUGUUUCGUCGAGACCUCGGAACUCGAUGGGGAGACGAACCUGAAACGCAAGACCGCCUUGACGUUGACUUCGGAAUUGACCCGACUGGAGCAGAUUUCGCGCUUGACCGGGAAGAUCACGACGGAGAUGCCGAAUGAGCGGCUGUCGAGAUUGGACGGAAGGGUCAAGUUGCGGUACGAUGGAGCGGAUUUCAACUUUGAGACGUUGCAGGACGAUGAGAAGGCCGCCACUGCCGCAGCAUCUGGGAGGAUAUCGAGGGAUGUUGUCAGGGAUCGGAGCCAAAACAGUCUGGAUUCGAUUGCCUCGUCGAUCUCGACGUCGGGUGCGAGUCGGAUUUCGAGCAGUCUGGUCAGGACAACACAGAAGAAUAACCAUCCUGGUGAUGGGCGGCUCAAGAUGGAUGAGGUUUCGCCCGUGACAAUGACGAAUGUGGCGCUGAGGGGAUCGUGGCUCAAGAACACGGAAUGGGUCUAUGGCGUGGUCCUGUAUGCGGGCGUCGACACGAAGAUGAUGCGGAACCUCAAGAACACAGGCCUGAAGUUCUCGACGAUGGAGACGAGGCUGAAUAGGAUGAUCGUCGCCAUCUUUGUGUUCAAUGCCUUCUUACUGGUCAGCUCCAUGUGCUUUGCCUAUGUCGGUCUGCGGUCCGAGUACCUGAGGGCGCCCCUGGCUUGGUAUACCACGCAGGAGGGUCCCGAAUUCGAUUCGACCCCGUCGAGCGCGAGGGUGUUUGUGGGCCAGCUGAUGAACUUUUAUGUGGUCUAUACGUUCGUGAUCCCGAUCUCGGUCUUUAUCUCCGUCGAGGUGUGUCGAGUCGUUCAGGCGCUCUGGAUGAUCUGGGACGAGGAGAUGAGGAGCUAUGCGGACGGACCCCUGAGUCAAGCGGAACUGGAGGAAAUUGCGGCCGAGCAAGGGAUCGAUAAUGGUACUUUAACAACUGGGCAGCAGGAAAAGAGACGAAAACUAAUGAAGACGCUUUCGGAAUCGACCCACGUCUCGACCCUCAAUAAGGACGAUACGAAAAAGCCGACGAAGUUCUGGAAGAAGCACCGGCCUGGGUUCUUGAAGAAAAAGAAGAAGGCACCCAAGACUUGGACGCGGAUGCAUGUCCGGAACUCGAACCUGAAUGAGGACCUGGGCGCGGUCGAGUAUAUCUUCUCAGACAAGACAGGGACGCUGACGAGGAACGUGAUGAAGCUCUCCAAGUGGCAUAUCGGGGGUCGGACCUUCCAUGAGCUCCAACAGCCCGGCAGUUUGGGACAGCGGAUGCGGGACCCUUCGAUCAGCGACGAGGAAUAUGACCUGCUGAUGGCGUUCUGUCGCAACAUUGCGGUCUGCCAUGCUGUCUUGCCAUGCGAGGACUCCAAGACGGGAGAGCUCCUGUACGAGGCCCAGUCCCCGGACGAGUCAGCACUAUUGGAGGCACUGAGAGAUAACGGUGUGGUUUUAAAGGCCAAGACCAAGGACUCGGUUACGGUCGAAAUCUUUGGACUGAUUACGGAGACGUACAAGGUUCUGAAGGUGCUCGAGUUUACGUCGGACCGGAAAUGCAUGUCUGUGAUCAUCGACACGCCUCAGGGAAUCCAGCUGUUCUGCAAGGGAGCCGACAAUGUGAUUCUGGCACGAUCAGACCAUAUGGAGAACGACCCGUUGCUGAUGCAGCAGUUGGAUUCGACCGUGCGACGGUUCUCGAUUGCGGGGUUGCGCACGCUCAUGCUGGCCUGGCGACCGCUCAGUCCAGAGGAGUAUAGGAUCUUUGAUGAGAAGUACUCGAAGGCCGAGUGCCAUAUUGGCGGCGAUGGUGAUGAUGGAGCCGAGGAUCGGGAGGAGUUGAUCCGGACGGCUUGCGAGUCGAUCGAAGGACGGCUGCGGUUGCUAGGGUGUACAGCGAUUGAGGAUCGACUUCAGGAUCAGGUGCCGGAAACGAUCGAGUACCUGAUGGAGGCAGAUAUCAAGAUCUGGCUGUUGACAGGAGACAAGCAGGAGACGGCUAUCAAUAUCGGGAUCUCUUCGAGACUGAUCUCGCCGGCGAUGAAGAUCUUGGUGCUGAAUGUGAAGGCUGAGCGCGACUGUCGGUUGGUGCUGGAGUACUUUGUGGAGAAGAUCAAGGAGCGUGAGCGGGACGAAGAGCGCUACUGGCAGGAGUAUCAGCAGUCGAAUAAGCCGGGGAUCGAGCCACCAGAGAAGGAUCGGUACGCGCUCGUCGUCAAUGGCGAGAGUCUGGCCUUUGUGCUCGGUAAUGAGAUCUACGAGGAUAUGUUCCUCCGCAUCGGCACCAACUGCCAUUCCGUGAUUUGCUGCCGUGUGACACCGCUGCAGAAGGCGUUAGUGGUGAAGCUGGUGCGAAAGAAGCUGCAUAAGGUGACCCUCGCGAUCGGAGAUGGCGCGAACGAUAUCUCGAUGAUCCAGGCCGCGCACGUCGGUGUUGGUAUCGAGGGCAUGGAAGGAGCACAGGCGGCUCGUUCGUCCGACUUCAGUUUCAAGCAGUUCAAGAACCUGAAGCGACUAUUGACGAUCCACGGACGUUAUUCGUAUUUGAGAAUGAGCAAGAUUAUCUUCUUCUCGUUCUACAAGUCGAUCUGCUUGAUCACGGUCCAGUUCUGGUUCGGGUUCAUGAACGGAUGGUCCGGUGGAGCGUUGUAUGACGAGAACUUCUUGACUCUGUGGAAUAUGGUCUUCACGGCUCUGCUCCCGAUCGCGACGGCUUGUUUUGAGAAGGAUGUGGAGGAGGAGAGUAUUGGGCGGUACCCCAAGUUGUAUAAGGCGGUCAAAGAUGGGCUAUAUUGGAACACGCUGACCAUGGCUGGAUGGGGCAUUGCUUCCUUCUGGCACUCUGGAGCGCUCUUCGGGGGCCUAUACGGAUCGAUCCAACAUGGGAUCGUGAACGGUCACUCGGAGGCGAUGGAUACUUCGGAAGUCAGCUUCUAUGCCGGCUCGCUAGUUCUGAUCACCGUGACCCUGAAGAUGCUUUUGAUGAUCUCGCACUGGACCCUUCCGAUCUUUUUGGCGCUCGGGAUCAGUAUGGUCGGAUACAUGGUUGUGUUUAGUGGACUCCAGGUCGUGGGCCUGCUCGAAGCCGGCGUCUUUACGGGUCUGCAUUCAAUGCCGUUUUAUUAUCUGGGUCUGCUGGUGAUCCCGGCUGCAUGUUUGCUGCCGGAUUAUACGCUUGCAUUCUGUCGGCGACAGUAUUCACCUUCGGACGCGCAGAUUAUCCAGGAGGACCAGAGAUUGGCGAAGAUGAGGCAGCAGCAGUUGGCGGCGGCGGCGGCUGCAGAGGGGAAGGGCGACAAGAACGGGAAGGGUGUGCGGGAUGAUUUGGGGGAUCACGAGGCGAUGAUGGAGACCGAUACCCGGAGAAGCCAGCAUAGCAAGUCUGGCCAGGAUGAGGACGAAAGCGUGAGUGAGGAUGAGGACGAAAGCAUUAAUGAGGAUGAGGAGGACGACAUGGAGGAGGAGGAGGAGGAGGAAGAGGAAGAAGAACUGGAGGAGAAGGCGCAGAAUGUGCCUGUGGACAAAAAGAGUUUCGCGCUGAAGGUCUAGAGGACAGCAUUGCUCUCAACCCACUUGUAUUUAUAUCGAUUUUAUUAUCCUUUUACAUGCUUAUUUUUGCUUUCGAGGUAAAUAAAAAAAAAAAGUUGUUUUUGCCUG